GAAUCGGGCGGAGUUUAGGACCCAGCGCUCGGUGGUACAAUAGAGCUGUUGUGUCGUGGUGAGACUGGAGAGGGUGAUUUCUGCCUUUGGGAUAUUGACAGUGGGAUAGAAAAGGAAAAAAAUCACGAAAAUACGAGUAUUUGUCGCAUCUCUGGACUGCUGACUUGAAGACGGCCUCGCGGAGUCUACCGCCUUGUGCGACCGUCCCGUAACACUGAAUUUUCGGAUGUAAGGCAUGAGCGAAAGCCAGAAGAAGUACAGCAGAGGAAAACAGUAGCAUGCUCUUUGAAUUUAUGGUGAGUGGAAAAACUGCUCAGUGAAAGGAAAGACCUUUAAAGCCGCCCUCUAAUGGAUACAUCAGGAUGAAACGACUCAGGACUUCAAGCAGCAGUGACAGUUCAGACAAUGAGAGUCCCUCGACAUCCUUUACCUCUAACAAGUAUGGAAGCAAACCAGGCACCCCCGCCUCUGCUCAGAAGAAACCAGCAGAGGUGUUCAGAAAAGACUUGAUCAGUGCAAUGAAGCUUCCAGAUUCUCACCAUAUUUCUCCUGAUGAUUAUUACCUGUUGGCGGACACAUGGAAGCAGGAAUGGGAAAAGGGUGUACAAGUACUCGCUAGUCCAGACACUAUCCCUCAGCCCUCUGUGAGGAUAAUAGCAGAGAAGCCAAAGGCGGUCCUUUUCACCAAACCAAGGAAAUAUAUUCAGUGCUGGAGUCAGGACUCUACGGAGACGGGUUAUGUCAACUUCAAGGACCUGGCGGAAGCUAUGUGUAGAUACGACCUUGAUGAUAUGGAUCUAUACUGGCUCCAGCAGCUCAACACAGAGCUUGGGGUGAUGGGUGAUGGGCCAGUGGAUGAGUUGACGAUGGAGCGGGUGAUGGAGGCACUGGAGAGACAGUGCCAUGACAACAUGAACCACGCCAUCGAGACCGAGGAAGGGUUGGGAAUCGAGUACGACGAGGAUGUCAUCUGUGAUGUGUGUCGAUCACCUGACAGCGAGGAGGGCAAUGACAUGGUUUUUUGUGACAAGUGUAACAUUUGUGUGCACCAGGCCUGCUAUGGCAUUGUGAAAGUGCCACAUGGGAACUGGUUGUGUAGGACUUGUGUUCUUGGCAUCAAUCCCCAGUGCCUUCUGUGUCCUAAAAGUGGGGGCGCGAUGAAGGCCACCAGGGCGGGCACUAAAUGGGCUCAUGUAAGCUGUGCCCUCUGGAUUCCAGAGGUGAGCAUUGCAUGCCCAGAGAGAAUGGAACCCAUCACCAAAGUGUCUCAUAUUCCUCCCAGUCGCUGGUCACUCAUCUGCAGUCUCUGUAAACUCAAGACUGGAGCCUGUAUACAGUGUUCGGUUAAGAACUGCACCAUCCCUUUCCACGUCACUUGUGCUUUUGAACACAACCUGAAGAUGAAGACCAUCCUGGAUGAAGGUGACGAGGUCAAGUUCAAAUCCUACUGCCUGAAGCAUAGUAAACCCAAAGCUGGAGAAGCAGGCUUGAGUCCUGUCUGUCAUAAACCUCCAACUGAGACAGAGAAACUGGGAUUGAGGGCCCAGAAGCUUCAGGAGCUGGAGGAGGAGUUCUACACACUCGUUCAUCCUGAGGAUGUGGCCCAAGACCUUGGACUGCCAAUCGGCCUGCUGGAUUUUGUCUUUCAGUACUGGAAGAUGAAGAGGAAAAGCAACUUCAACAAGGCCCUGCUGCCACCUAAAGAAGAGGAAGAGAACCUGCUAUUGCAGCCACAGGAGGACAGCAUCCAUACACGAAUGCGCAUGUUCAUGCACCUGCGGCAGGACCUGGAGAGGGUGAGAAACUUAUGCUACAUGGUGAGUCGAAGAGAGAAACUGAAGCUGUCCCAGAGUAAAGUUCAGGAGCAGAUUUUCAAUCUACAUGUCAAACUCAUUAACCAAGAGUUAUCUGCAGGGCUUCCAGCGUCCUCUUCAUUAGAGAACUUAUUGUUCCAGCCUCCUAGGAUAACCCUAAAACUCAAAAUGCCCAAAGUGUCACUUGGCAAUGGCAAAACCAGCUCUAAAUCGGUUAAUGGUCCCCUGUGCCCCGAUAACAGUGGUAACGUAUAUGAUAUUGGUGAGGGAGGCAUUGGUCAGGGCAAACCGCAACUCCAUCUUGGACGAAUAAGGAUAGAGGAGCGUGCCAAUGGUCUCGUACCAGCAUCCAUCUACAUACGACGAGAUGGUGGGACCCCCCCAUUGGUCGUGAAGCAAUCUGGCAAACCUUCAGCUCUGCAUGCUGCCCUCCAUGGUCAGUCGUCCAAUAGGAAAGGCAAAACUGAACCAGAGAAAAACCACCAAUUGAAAUCCAAUGGCAUUAUGGACAAGCCUGUACUCCAAAGAGACACUUCCUGCCAGACGCCCACUGAAAAGGACACAUGCAGUGAGAUUUCAGGGAAAAGUCAGUCAGGUGGAUUCCACAAAACAUCUCUUGAACAAUUCAGUCGAUCCCUCAAGAAGGCCACUGUCAGUUUAGUACGGACUGAGGAUCUUCGGGCCUUUGAGAAGAAUGCUCGCAAGUCCUCCGGAUUCUCCAAACCAGUUUCUAAUGAGCGGCCACUAGGGGGCAGCAAACCAUACCAGGAGAGCGACGGUUACUGUCCCGAUGCAGAGCUUAGUGACUCUGAGCCCGAGGCUAAAGGGAAGUGCCGGCAGGGAGGGAGGGGGAAAAACCAGAGAGGACCAGCUGGAGGCUACGUCAAGUCUGCCAGCCGGGCAAAACUGUCUUUUGGCUCUAGGACGUCAGUGCAAAGGUGACAAUCUUCAAAAGCAUUAAAAACCUCUCUAACCUACUGCCACAAGUUACCAUUGUCCUCUGGCGGUAAUCAAAAGUGCCAGAUUCUGUUUUCCUCUGUUGAGGAUCAGCCGAUGGGUUUUAGUGCAGUGUGCCAAAAUGCUCUCUCUGGCAGAUUGCAGAGGUGCAAGUGAUUGGUCUAUUUUUAUGUUAUAUAUCACUGUGUCUCUCUAACCAGCCAUAGGGUUUCUACUGCACUUGGACUCUACUACAGUAGGUUUUAUGAGCCGUCAAGCAGUGUUUCUGUACAUAAAAGGAACCUCUCUUUUUAGACUGUACAUAGUAGUUUCUGUUAAGAUGUGAAGAACAUUGAAAUGCUUUCCACUGACUGAAACGCUAUCACAAUUUCUUACUGAUAUGCUUAUGCAAAUAAAUAAAGGCUUAAGAACUCUGGUCUGACAAA